AUGGAGACGCUGUACGCGCUGGCGGUGGAGCUCGUGGCGUGCUUCGGCUUCAUGUGUCUCUUGUUCAACGUUCUGCUGCCUGUGCUGGCCUUCGUCUUGCGCCUUGUGGCUGUUGAUGUGCCUCGCGAGUGGCGCAAAUGGCAGCUACAUCGAGCCCAACAGCACGAACUGCGGCGUCUCCAGCACCGCGUCGACGUGUUGACACACAGGAAGCAAACGGAGGAACAAGAGACUCGGCGGCGUGCGAGGAAAUCAAGCGCCAAAAAGCGGCAGCAGGUGGACGAAACGCCCCAGAGGGACACACAACCAGCGACUGGUGCUCGAGAACGCUUGCGGACGAGGUGGGGGCUCUUGUCGUAA